AUGCCACGCCGCCGCCCCUUCUCCGCUAAGCAGAAGAAAGAACAAGUACAAGCCAAGCGCGCACUCAAGCGCGGCGAGGAUAUCCCGACUCCUACGCGGCGGCGCCCUCCCUCCAAUUCCCCCAGGAAGGUGGCCUCGCGCGUCGCCCUCGAAUCACGCUUCGUCACCCUGCCUCCCGGCUUCCUCGACCGCACUCGCGACGCCGCGUACGCCGAUACCCUUCCACGUCCCCUUCCCCCCUCCGCGUCCCUCUUCCCUCUAGACCUCCUUACCCGACCCUCGAACUUGUCUGUCCCUGCCCGCCCGAAAUUUCGGUACGGUCAGACGAAGAAGGAAGUCGAGCGGAACGAGGAAGGUGUAUUUCGCAAAUGGCUGGCCUCUACCCGGGCAGAGGUGACUGAAUGGAUGGAGACGUCAUUGGAGGAGGGAGGAGAACCGCGCAGUCCGAGCUGGUUCGAGACCAACCUCGAAGUAUGGCGCCAACUGUGGCGGGUCGUCGAGUCUUCGUCUAUCCUCUUGCUGUUGAUCGAUAGCCGCGCACCACCGCUCCACUGUCCCCCCUCCCUCCGGACAUACUUGCGCGCGCUUAAACCAAGAAAGGAGUUCGUACUUGUUCUCACCAAGGCCGAUCUAGUCGACUCGGCAGCCUUAGAGGGAUGGCGAGCUUGGCUAAAGGAUUGGUGGGGAGGCGAGGCGCAGGUCGUUAGCGUGACUAGCUACGAUCUGGGGCUCAUGUACGCCGAUAAGCGGCGGCAUAGGCCGGCAAUUCCGAGUGCGUCAAGGAAGGCACUAGUCGAUGCCUUGAGGGAGGCGCAUGGACGUCUACUCGCUCCGCCCGAAUGGGCGCGGACGGAUGAGAAGAAGCUCGCGGUGUGGCGGCCGAGCGUACGGUCUGUUGUGGACUGGGACGUUCUGGCAGCGGGUCCGGCUCCUCCGGCCAGAGGAAACGGGAGGCGCGGAACUCCUCGGGAGGGCUCUGAGCCUGAGGAUGCUGUGGAGGAGGAGGGGGAGGAGGAGGAGGAGGAAGAAGAACAUGACAAGGAGACUGAUGAGAGGCCCACCCGCGACCCCGAAGUCGAACCCCUCACGAUCGGUCUCAUCGGCCAACCCAACGUCGGCAAGUCGUCCCUUCUCAACGCACUGCUUGGUACGAACAGGGUACGCGCGUCCAAGACGCCAGGGAAGACGAAACAUUUCCAGACGAUCUUCUGGGCCAGUAAGCAAGUCAAGAUUGUCGAUUGUCCGGGCCUCGUGUGUCCCAGCCCGGCACCGAUGGAACUGCAAGCUAUGGCUGGGAUCCUCCCUAUCUCCCAAAUCCCUUCGCUGCCAGCAUGCACAGCCUUCGUGGCCCGCCAUAUGCCGCUCGAGGAUAUCUUCAGGGUCCCACGGCCUAAGCAAGAGGACGACAUUGAUUUACGGACGUGGCGCGGACCGAGGCCAACCACUCCCAAGAAGAAUGCUGGGUGGACAGCCGGCGAGAUCAUGGACGCGCGGGCUUUGGACCGUGGAUUCUUGACGGCCAAGGGUGGGCGGCCGGAUGCCAACCGGGCUGCUAAUGGGAUGUUGCGGUCUGUGGCCGAUGGACGGGUGCGGUGGGGUUUCUACCCGCCUGGCAGAGAGGGACAGGCGGGAGUUGGGGUGUGGCUUGGAGGGAAUCCAGAUUUGGAGGCGUUGGGAGAUGAGAGUGAGAGCGAAGAGGAGGAGGGUGGUGAGAGGGAGGAUGAGAAGGAGAGCGAGGCGAGGAGCGAGGGAGAUGAGGACGAGGAGAGCGAGGACAGCUUCGUGAAACAGAACCAGCGCAGUUUCUUUGCUGCGUUGAGUCUCGACGAGAGCGAAGGGAGCGAGGGGAGCGAGAGUGACGUGAACUAG